CAGGCAGUCACGGCGUAAACCUCUCUCUCUCAAAAUGUGCGGUUCGAUAGUUGACGUUUGGUUUAUUUAGAGGAUUUUUGGACACACACUUGCCCCCCCGGCUGUCAAAACAGAACGCCCGGUGCAGAAAAAAAAGGUCGCUAGAACGAGGUCGGAGCUGUCAAAACAGGUGCAGCAGCGCAGUUGAAGCAGAGUGGCGCAGAUGAGCAGUUGCGGCGCCUGGAGUAGAUCGCGAUCAAAACAAGCGGUGACGACGAACCCAGUUGGAUGAGUUGUUGGAGGAGGAAGAGAAGAAAAUUUUUAAAUCUUUCGGCAAACACAGCAAAAAAGAAGAAUUUUCGUUUCCACGCAAGUGUUUCGUUCCGGCUACAUAAAAGGAAAAUUGUGCAAUUUUGUGUUUACCUUUAAGUUCCACGAAAAAAAACCCCGAGUUACGACCUCUUCAAGAAAAGGUCCUACCGCGCAGAAAUCCUGGGAAUUCCAAAUCUCACAACAAAAGGACACCCUCCCCUUCAGAGCAACCCAAGGACGGGGCAACAACAAAACGUCCUAAAUCCGGGAAUUUCCAGGGCCAUGACCGUGCAUCCUCACAUGUGAACCGAUGCAUGAUCUAAUUUAUUGUGGUCCUUAACGCGCCAAACAACAUCGAAGGAGUUUCCCCCGUCAACAGCAAAAGUUCAAAGAAAAGGAGUCCCUUUUUUCUGGUAACGCUCUUUGAUCCUGUACCUGCGGAGAGACCCUUAAAGGUUAAGGAUUUGUUGUCGAGGAGGUCACACGGCAAUGCAGUCGCAGCGCGGCGGAACCAGCAGGUUGGCUACGUUAAAGCCCACAGUCAGUCAGUGUUGCCAAAGCAUGAUUGAUUAAAGUGCACCCUUAACGCCCGCUAAAUGCCCAAGUUGGUGGAACCAUUUCGGACCGUUCAAAAUUUACGCUGAGGGCAAGUGAUUUUCGGACAAGUGUAAAAAAAAUAAAAUUGUUUUCGGAGAGAGAGAGAGUGAAGCGGAAAAGUGAGUUUGCAACUUUUGGAUUGUACUCAAAAAUAAAUAAUGUUGAAAAAGUGAAAUCUUGAGUUGACGUAAAAAAGUGUCAAGGAAAACGAAACAAAUAAAGUUUGUAGAACAAAAUUAACCCCAUUAAAAAGAAUACUCGCUGGAUGUUUGUGUUGUUUUCUUGUGUUGACGUGAAAUUUCGAGUAAAACAAAAAAAAAUAACGUGAUUUUGGAGAUAUUAAAACGAUAUUGUAAAGCAAACAAAAAAAAACGUAGAUAUUUUCUGUGUUAGAGUGUGUAAAGUGCAAGUAGUAAAAAGCAACGAGUGAACGAGGAAGAAAAAUUAACAAGGAUUUUAAAAACGACUGCGGGUGCAGGAAGCACUAAAUAAAGGUUCACCCCCAUCACCACCAACAUCGCUCACAUGCGCUGAAGGCUCUCCCCAGGCAAGAGGCAUGCGCGAAAAGUUCGAAAUCAUGACCGACCAGGAGCAUUACAGCCUUCGGUGGAACAACCACCAGAACCACAUCCUGCGCGCGUUCGACACCCUGCUCCAGACGAAAACCCUCGUCGACGUCACGCUGGUGUGCGCCGAAACGAGCAUCCGGGCCCACAAGGUGGUCCUGUCGGCGUGUUCGCCCUUUUUCCAGCGGGUGUUCUCCGAGACGCCCUGCAAGCAUCCUGUGAUAGUGCUGAAGGACUUCCGGGGAUGGGUCGUGCAGGCGAUCGUGGACUUUAUGUACCGCGGGGAGAUCAGCGUGCCGCAGGAGCGCCUCUCGGUGCUGAUUCAGGCCGGCGAGUCGCUACAGGUGCGCGGCUUGGUGGAUCACCCGGUCGCGGGGAACACCCCGACUCCGGCGCAAUCACCGGAAGACUUCAGCCUGCUGGACUCGUCGCUGAUAUCGCCGACUUCGCCGGCUCUUUCGUCGCCAAAUUUUAGCCACCAUCAGCACCGGAAUCAGAACUCGACCGCCACCGGGCUGUUGAGCUCGAGCACGCCCAAGCUACUUCUUCCACCCCAGGUGUUUGCCGACCCGACGCUGAACCUGCCCAAUCCGGACAUUUGCACGUCACCGAUGCCGAGACGCAAGCAGGCCCGCCCGCGGAGACGAUCGGGAGAUUGUGGCCCCCAGGACCUAAGCAGCAAACCGACCUCGCCGGUACCCCCGAUGCAGGACAAGGAGGAGGAAGAUGACAACGAAAUGGACCGCGAUGAGGAGGAGGAAGACGAAGACGACGACAUCAAAGAGAUCCUCCGAAGGAGUGAAUCCGACGAAAAGCCAGAGGAAAAGACCCCCAGCAAAGCGAGCGAACACAACGAAAAGGACAAAAACAACUCGACGGCCUCAACGGCAACCCUGGAAGGCCCGGAGAACCUCUGCCUCAAGAAAUCCUCCUCCACCAGCAGUCCCGGCAGCAGCAGCAGUCCCGGCAACAACUCCGCCAGCAAAGACGCCUCCCCCGCCAGCCUCAAAGAAGACUCGCCCCAGUCCCAAAUCGGUCGCCUCUCCCUCAAAGACAUCCGCCACCUGAACCGAGUCCCGCUCGUCCGCUCCAUGAGCUCCCUCUCCCCACCCCCCUCCUUCCACCUCAACAACAACCCACCACCGCCACACCUCAGCCACCUCCCCCCGGAAAAGCGCGUCAAACUCGAAGACGACGACCGCCUCACCGCCGACGACGAACCCGGCCACCAUUUUUUAGACCACAUGGACCUGGCCCUAGCCUCCCACCAGCACCCGCUCGCCCACCUGUCCCACCACGUCCGCAACUCGUCCCCACACUCCCUCCGACCCCCGGGCCUCACCCCGGACCACCCCGGUGAAGCCAACAACAACAGCAAGCAGCAGCAGCGCGGUGGUGACGGAGGACACCCCAACAACGGCCGAGGGAGCGACAGCGGACCACUCGAGGAGCGGAAUCUCCGCAAGGAGCGACACCAGCACGGUGGGCCGAAGGAUUUUCUGCACAGCCCGACGUUGAACUUUCCGCCGUUUUUUAACCAGUCCGAUGGUGGGCCGCACCCAAGGCCACCCCACUCGCCGCUGUCCUCCUUCCCGCACAUGUCGUCCGUGUCGUCGCUGACGCUGACGCCGCCGCACAUGUUCUCCCUGGACUCGCCGCUCGGUCUCUUCCCGCCGGGGAUGGACCUGGGCAAAAACUACAGCCCACUGAUGGAGAUGUCCGACCCGCGUGGUAUGCACCACGACGGACCUCCGUUCCUGAAACACAAGAAAAUGAACCGACCAAAGGGCCAGCACUCGGCGCCACGUGGAGGACCCCCGCGAUCCUGGACGAACGCCGAGCUAACCGAAGCACUCCAGCACGUGUGGAACAAGAAGAUGACCACCAGCCAGGCGUCCCGCAUUUUCGGCAUCCCGUACAACUCGCUGUUAAUGUACGUGCGCGGCAAGUACGGUAAGAGCUUGAAGCUCGAACAGCUGCGCAAGGACUGCAUCAGCGGCCCCCCGAUCGAGCUGCUCCAGAUGGGCAUGAACAACAACGGCGGCAGCGGUAAGGACAAGAAGGAGGGCUCCGACAAGGACCAGGGUUCCGACGGACGGUCCGCGUCCUCGAACAACGGCGGCCCCGAUCAACGCGGCGGUCCCCGAUCGGCGUCCUCCGAGCCGGAACUCCUCUCCAGUCCGAACCCGCUCUUCAACCCGUUCCCGCCCGGAUUCUACCCGGACUUCCCGGGCGGCUUCCCGGGACUCCCGCUGAGCAUGCUGAACCUGCUACCGCCGGAUCGGCACGCACCCCCGCACCACCAACUCCCGCUCGGCAUCGACGAGGACUGCAAGAGCGACCGCUCCAAGCAGUCCCUCGACGACGACUUCCCCCAGCCGCUGGCGCUAAACCGGGGGUCCGGGCUCGAGGCCGGCCCGCGGGACGCGGACAGUCGGCGGGAGAUCUACCAGCAGAACGGCCAGGACUAAUAUUUGUACUUUCUUGACCGCCUCAAGGCACUGCCACGGUAUCCCAAGUGGGUGGGUUGAGAAAGUGAGAGCGAGCGAGCGAGCGAGUCAUGCUGGAGCUGCAACAACAACAACAAAAACAAACCGGCUGUGUGAUAUAUAACUGAGAGAGACGAAGGAAGGGUGGGCGAAAGUGAGACGGUUCGCGUCUUGGCUAAAGCUUGCGGCGAAAGGCCAAAGCUCUCUCUCUCUCGCGAGCGUGUGUGAUUGAGAGUGACACAUGCAGAGAGGAAAACUUUAACGAAACGUGAUAGUGGUUAGGUUUUUAUUGUAAAAUAUUUUUAUUUUGACGAUUCCUACUUAGUUUUGUUUUUACUUCGAGUAUAUUAGUUAAAUCAUUUUAUUUAAAGCAAUGUUAUCGUAGAACAAAUGCAAUAUUUUAUUUUGAAACGCAAUUACUUGUAAGUUUGUAUAAAAAAAGAAACCUAUUUUAUUUUGAUCACAUACACAACUUUGGGGCAAUAUUUAAAACAGUGGCAACAGAAAAGAAACGAUGAAAUGUGCGAAUAGUAAGCGAAUUAAAACUCACGCACAUACCAAUAUAUAAAUUAGUUUUACGUUUACACAAGUUCUAAGU